AACUGAUAAAUGCUAAACAUAAAAUGAAAUCAGCUUUAAGUAGUGCAAACUUUUAAGGCAAAGAAAAGCUUUUCAGCAGUAAAAUCAGCAGAAAAACACAAUCUAUAGAUAAUACAACCUAUAUACAGUAAAUGCAACCUACAGAUAAUGAAAGACAAUUUUGUCAUAAAGAUAUUGUAUUAGGAACAGGAAACCCCUUGGCAUGGAAACCAGGUGGGUGACUUUGGGCUAAUCAUUGUGUCAGCUCUAAAUUAGGAACAAGGUACUAACAAACCAUUUUUAAAAAAAUAUUGCCAAGAAAACUGUACAAACCUGUCCAUGUAGACAUCUGGAGAGUCAAGACUCACUCAAAGAAUCAUAAUAAUUAACUGCACAGAUAAUUGAGGAAGCAAAAUAAAUUAUAUUAGCCAUGAUAAAAAUCCUCAAAUCCAUUCUAGAGCUAUAUCUUUGUAGCCUAUGUUGUACUACCUAUUCUAAGUUCAAGAGCUAGUUCGCACCAUGAUCACCCAUCAAGAAUUACUUUUUGGCUCCUAUGCAAUUUGUUUUCCUCAAUCCUAAUGCCAAAUUUCCAACUAGCAAGGGAUCUCUAAGGGCAUUUUCAUUAUAUUCUGAGGUGUCCAAUAAGAAAAAUACAUCUUUCUUCCAGUUUGAACUUUUCAUCAUUCUGAUUGCAUCAUUAAAAAUAGCAUAUAGAAACAUAAUAUAGGUACAGUAGUUGAGUUUUAUGGGGAUAAAUCUCUUCCAUGCCCUAUAGAGAAAUUUGCUUAGAGUUACAGACAUCUGUCUCACAAGAUUUACCAAACAUUCUGCUCAAUGAUACAGUAUGCGUCAAAAACACAGUGUAUAUCCAAGCAACCUUAUACUGCAAUAAGCCUUAGCUAAUAAGCCCCUCCAGAUGUGUCAGGGAUUCAGUCUGUCUGGGCCUUCUAAGUCAGAUAGCUUCUUCUCUUGUCAACUGAUGAAACUUUCUACCUCUUUCUAUCCAAACUGGUCAUGUUGCCAAUCAUUCUCUUAAUUUUUCUGCAUAACCAGGACUGCAGGGAGUGGAAUCCCAGUUAGACAAAGUGCUGCAGAGAGAGAGAAAAAACUGUCUUUCUCUCUUUUUAUUUCUUAUACACACCAAAUAUUUCUACCAACAGAGAGCACUUCCUGCUUUCCUUUUUCUGGCUUACAUACCCAGGGAGGAAAUAGAAACUACAGGUUGAGGAAAUGGAUUAAAAAACUUCUUGAUCCUCGGAGUUUAAGCUAACUCUUUCCUAUUUCCAACACAAACUUCUUUCCCUCCUUUUUCCUCUUUCCUGCUGCCUGAUCUACUGAGAAUCAGGAAGUUUUUUAAUCCAUUUCCUCAACCUGUAGCUCCUAUUUCCUCCCUCUUGCAGUUUAGCAAUUUAACUUUGCCUGGCUUGCACUAGUUGCCCUGCCAGCCAAUGGGUUGCCUUUUAUUAGGCUAACAGUUCACAAAAUAUGGAAGUGUUCAUUGUUUGCUCCCUUCCAUCCAAUUAUGUCUGAUUCUGGGAGACUGCCUACAUAAGUCUCUGCGGUGUUUUUGCCAAGGUUUUUUAAAAGUGAUUUGCCAUUGUCAACUUCGUAGGCCUGAGAGAAAGUGAUUGGCCCAAGGUCACCUGGCUGGCUUUAUAGCUAAGACAGAACUAGAACUCUCAAUCUCCUGGUUUCUAUCUGAUGCCUUAACCACUGCACCAGACUGGCUCUCAAUUUUCCAUUGAGUGUUAUAAAAAGCAGACUGUGGGAUGAAGAAGAUAAUAUGGACCAAUAGUAUGGAAAUUUUGAAAGCUGUGCAGUACUUCAAGAGAAAGAAGCAAGGAUCUUCCCCAAGUCUGUGGUGUUUAAGGCCCCUUAAGAAGAAGCAAAGAAACCACAAUUACUUCUUUAUUUUGGAAGGCCUGGAAGCAUCAUGGUUGACUAUGAAAUAACCUCAGCAAGGCAGAUCCCGCUUGAAAAAGCACAUCCCCACAUAGCUGCUCUCUUACAUGAUCCCUACCAGUUAGCAUCUUCCACAUUUGCAACAGAAAUCAUUGGUAAUGUAAACAUCUCUAUUUCUCCUGAACACAUUUUCGAGGGUGAUACAGUAAAAAUAACCUGCAUGACAGAAUACAUUUCAAGAACGGUGACCUGGAGGUAUAAUGUCAUCAAACCUGACAGGCUUACCUUGACAGAAGAGGAUAAAGAAGGAAGCAAGAUAGCAACUCUGACAAUAACAGACAUCAAGCUGAACGAAGCAGAUAAUUUUAGUUGCAGUUUUAAAGUCAACAGAGAGAAAUUGUCCUCAAUAUACAGAGGUGAAGUUAAUGUAGUGGUCUCUCAAAUUAAACUCGUGCCAUCAGAAAAUGUUUCUAUUGUCUGUGAUGGUACAGAUAGAAGAGAACUGAACUGCUGCACAGAUAGAGACAUACAACUUUUCUCUCCUUAUUGGAGACCCAAUGGAGCAAUAAAUAUUUCAGGAAGCACUACUUCUAUGAACAACUGUACCACCUACUUGCUACAGGCUAGUGAAUCUCAGUGCCCAGUAGACAAGUCUGGCACCAGCACUGAUUACACAUGUGAGCUAAAUACCACCUAUGGUGCUCGUGCCAAUAAAAUAAUCAAAGUGACAUAUUUUCGUGUGGCAAAAAUAACCCUUUCAAGUUCAAAGGCUAUUGUUUCUGAGGGAGAUGCUUUCUUUUUAACAUGCCAGAGUGAUGUGAGCAAUUAUGACACAGUAAUUUGGAAAAUUCAAAAUGGCAGAACUAUUAAGGAAAUAGCUAGUAUGUGGUACACCACCACAAAGAGCCUCACAGGUGCCAUGUCUGUGCUGACUGUACCUAGGGCAAACCAGGACUGGACUGGCAUCUAUACGUGCAAUUUUUCCCAACGUUUUUUGAGCAGCUUUGGAAAUAUAACAAUUAAAGUUAUUCCUUUGCUCCGGCCUCAAGAGAUCAUAAGAGAUCCCAUAAAGACUGUCAUUUCUUGUCCAGCAACAAGAAUUCUGGAAUGCUGUACAAGCCGAAUGGAAACUUACACUGUUAAUUUUUUUUCUCAUGAUCACAAUUCGCCUUUACCCAUUAGGGCAGAAAGAAGAAGAAGAAAUAAUCUCAACUGCUACUAUUCCAUACCAAGUUUCACAGGCAUACACUGCAAUUCCAAACGACGUGCUCUGCAAGUGCAUUGUAUGUUUAUGAAUCAAAUCAAUCAUAAUGUGACAAGUCCAGCUAUGGUCCUAUAUUUUGUAUCAGCAAAGAAUGUGGUGUGCAAUUCCUCAGACAUUGGUGUGGGAGCAAAUGAAGCGCAGAUCAUAAAGCCUUGCUUAAAUUUCCAUGGGACGAGUAACUCUGUGAGAGGAAACAUCACGUAUAGAUGUGAUCAUACGAAAUGGACUGUUCAUAGAAAUGACUGCCUGGCAGGCCCCAUCAAUGACAUUUUGAAUUCUGCUGAGUCUUUGGCCUCCAGUCCAGAGUCCCAGAAAAAGUUGCCAACAUUCCUUAAAAAACUGAAAGAAACCACCAAGCAGACACAGGAGGAAAUAAACGAUUCUGCUGCAAACCUAAAUGCUGUUCUUGAAACCCUGACUUUGAUAUCAGCCAUACCAGUAGAGGCGAAUGAAGAGAAUAUGGCAAACUUUGGGUCUACUGUAGAAACUAUUAUCACCAGUCCAGCAGAAACUUGGAAGCAUGUACAGAAUGGGAGCUCUCAAUUACUUGCUUCAGUAGAGCAAUUUUUAGGAUCACUCCAGCCAAUUAAUCAGUCUGUUCCUUCAAUCAUACAGGACAGUCUUCAGAUCAAAGGAACAGUUCUUGGUAAAAGCAGUACCUCCAUUUAUAACAGCAGCUUUGCUUUUCACCAGUCUGCAGGCCUCAGGGGAAGUGUGCUUAUUGAGGAUGCAAAAUUUGAUACUGAGAAAUCAAUCACAAUAGUCAGUGUGGCUUAUUCAACAAUUCAAUAUAUCAUUCCACAGUAUAGAAAGGAAAUGGUAAAUAGUUUGGUAAUGGCGACAGUAAUAAAUCCCCAAACAAACAAGGAUUUCCAGAUCAAAAUGGCUUUUGCGAAGCGUGAAAAGGUCAUGAGCAAUCCACAAUGUGUCUUUUGGAAUUUCAGUCUGGCAGAAGGAGGAGACUGGGAUAAUACAGGCUGUGAAACGAAGGAUGAUGGGGACAGUGUCAUUUGCACUUGCAAUCACACAACUUCCUUUGCCAUGCUCAUGUCUCCCUAUCAGGAAACCUCACUGGAUGAAAUGACUUAUAUCACUUACAUUGGCCUGAGCCUUUCUAUACUGAGCCUGAUGAUUUGCCUUGGAAUAGAACUGUUUGUGUGGAAAUCAGUCACUAAAACAAGAAUUGCAUACAUGCGCCAUGUUUGUAUUCUGAACAUUGCAGUUUCUCUCUUGAGUGCAGAUAUCUGCUUCAUUGUUGUUGCUGUAACACAUGACCAAAAUUAUGCAGUGGAUGGAAAUCUUUGCAUAGCAGCAACUUAUUUCGUUCACUAUUUCUACCUCUGUGUCUUCUUUUGGAUGCUCACUUUGGGACUGAUGCUCUUCUACCACUUGGUCUUCCUUCUGCACAAUGCAAGCAAGACCAUUAUGAAAACCAUUGGUUUCUGCUUGGGAUACAUCUGUCCUCUAAUAAUAUCAGCCAUCACAAUAGCCAGCACCCUUCCUUAUUCCUCUUACACAAGGAAAAAGAGCUGCUUUCUCAACUGGGAGGAAAGCAAAGCCCUCUUGGCCUUGGUGAUUCCUGCCAUGAUCAUUGUUGCUAUUAAUACUAUUGUUACUGUUGUAGUUAUAGCAAAAAUAUCAAGACGUUCAAUUGGGGAAAAGUCCGUCAAUGAAGAAAAGAGUGCUUUGUAUCGAAUUGCCAAGAGCAUUGGUGUACUGACACCGCUGCUAGGUCUUACUUGGGGAUUUGGACUGGCCACAGUUGUUCCAGGAAGCCCCAAAAUAUUCCAGAUAUUAUUUACUAUUUUCAACGCCUUUCAGGGAUUAUUCAUUCUGUUGGGUGGAACUCUCUGGGAUAGGAAGGUACGAGAAGCUAUGCUGAAUAAAUAUUCUUGGUCCAAGUGGAGUUCACAACACUCAAAGUCAAUAUCGCAAGGCAUGUCGGCUCCUAUGCUUUCCAUCAAUUCACCUUUUUCAAAAACUUUAAAUAAUUGGUUUGGUAAAGCAGGAAAAUACCAAGUCUCUUCUACAGAAUCAUCAACUGUAUCUUCUGAAAGCACUUCAAAGGCAUAUACUGUACUGACAUGAGUUCUUAAAUACCUGCAUAUUUGAAAGAGCUCAAGUAUUUUUCAAGUAAUAACUACACAAUAAAUAGUGAAUAAUGGAAUGUUGACUGUACAGAUUGUGGAAAGAAAGUGGCAUUUUAAUUAGCAUUUUUUCCCUGACAUACCACAUGAUGAACAGACGAAUAAUUGAAAUCUUUUAAGCGAGAUAUUUUGUGACACAGGCUCUAAUGCUAUUUUACAGCACUAUUUAUUUUACAGUAUCUUUCAAUGUAGUCAUGUUUGUUCCAAUCCAAUGUUUAAAAUGGACCAGUAGUGGAAAAGACAUAUCACAGACAAGAGCAAACAUGCUUCCCAAAAUUUAUGUGUGCUCAUAUAAAUUGUAGGUGCUGGAUAGGAGCAUUUGUUUAUUAUUUUCCUGAAGUGAAAAAAUUGCUAGUGCAAUCCUGGAGAUAUCAUCAGUUCAGAAGUAAAUAUCAUAAUUUUCAGUGGUUCUUUUCAUUCCCUGGUACAUCCUUUUCUAGGGCAAAACCCAGUAUGAAUUCACUUGGGAAGAACUCCAUUGAAUUUAGCUAGACUGGCUUCUGAGUUAGAGCAAUGAAAUUGCACUGAUAACCCUGUAAAUAAACUGGAACAGUUGUGCUAUCAGCCUCUACAGAAACAGAAGCACUUUAUUUUUAUAUUAUAGAAAAAUUUCCAAUUCUGCUACUCGUUUUACUAGGGAAAAACAAAGGGGAACUUUCUAUGUAAAUAUUUAUGAGGAUAUGACUUAAUAAAACUUUCUUGUUCAGAA